AUGGGGGACGUGCUGUCCACACACCUGGAUGACGCCCGGCGCCAGCACAUCGCAGAGAAAACAGAUAAGAUCCUGACCAAGUUCCUCCGUUUCUAUGAGGACCAGUAUGGCGUUGCUCUCUUCAACAGCAUGCGCCAUGAGAUUGAGGCCAUCGGCACGCCACAGGCCCAGCUCCUCUGGAGAAAGGUACCGCUGGAUGAGCGCAUCAUCUUCUCUGGGAACCUCUUCCAGUACCAGGAGGACAAUAAGAAGUGGAGGAACCGCUUUUGCCUUGUGCCCCACAACUAUGGCCUGGUGAUUUACGACAGCAAAGUGGCCUACGAGCGGCAGGUCCCACCCCGAGCCGUCAUCAACAGCGCAGGCUACAAAAUUCUCACCUCCGUGGAUCAGUACCUGGAGCUUGUGGGCAACUCCUUACCAGGGAUCACAUCAAAAUCAGGCAGCACCCCCAUCCUCAAGUGCCCCACACAGUUCCCUCUCAUCCUCUGGCAUCCUUCUGCGCGGCACUACUACUUUUGCAUGAUGACGGAGGCCGAGCAAGACAAGUGGCAGGCUGCCCUGCAGGACUGCAUCCGGCACUGCAACAAUGGGAUCCCCGAGGACUCCAAGGUGGAGGGCCCUGCAUUCACGGAUGCCAUCCGCAUGUACCGCCAGUCCAAGGAGCUGUAUGGCACCUGGGAGAUGCUGUGUGGGAACGAGGUGCAGAUCCUCAGCAACCUGGUGAUGGAGGAGCUGGGUCCUGAGCUGAAGGCUGAGCUUGCCCCACGGCUGAAGGGGAAACCUCAGGAGCGACAGCGGCAGUGGAUCCAGAUCUCAGAUGCCGUGUACCGCAUAGUGUAUGAGCAGGCCAAGGCACGCUUUGAAGCAGUGCUGUCCAAGCUGCAGCAGGCCCGGCCAGCCAUGGAGGCUUUUAUCCGCACGGACAUGGACCAGAUCAUCACCUCCAAGGAGCACCUGGCCAACAAGAUCCGGGCCUUCAUCCUCCCCAAGGCGGAGGUGUGUGUGCGGAACCACGUCCAGCCCUACAUCCCGUCCAUCCUGGAGGCACUGAUGGUGCCCACCAGCCAGGGCUUCACUGAGGUGCGGGACGUCUUCUUUAAGGAGGUCACCGACAUGAACCUGAAUGUCAUCAACGAAGGCGGUAUCGACAAGCUGGGCGAGUACAUGGAGAAGCUGUCCCAGCUGGCCUUCCACCCACUCAAGAUGCAGAGCUGCUAUGAGAAGAUGGAGCCGCUGCGUCUCGAUGGGCUACAGCAGCGUUUCGACGUGUCUAGCACAGCUGUGUUUAAGCAGCGAGCCCAGAUUCACAUGCGUGAGCAAAUGGACAACGCCGUGUACACCUUUGAGACCCUCCUACACCAGGAGCUGGGGAAGGGGCCCACUAAGGAGGAGCUGUGCAAAUCCAUCCAGCGGAUACUAGAGCGGGUGCUGAAGAAAUAUGAUUAUGACAGCAGUUCUGUACGCAAGAAGUUCUUCCGGGAGGCGCUGCUACAGAUCACCAUCCCGUUCCUGCUCAAGAAGCUGGCCCCCACUUGCAAGUCGGAGCUGCCUCGGUUCCAAGAGCUGAUCUUUGAGGACUUUGACAAGUUCAUCCUGGUGGAAAACACGUAUGAGGAGGUGGUGCUGCAGACUGUCAUGAAGGACAUCAUGCAGGCUGUGAAGGAGGCCGCUGUGCAGAGGAAGCACAACUUGUACCGGGACAGCGUGGUCAUGCACAACAGUGACCCCAACCUGCACCUGCUGUCAGAGGGCGCCCCCAUCGACUGGGGUGAGGAGUAUGGUGGCAGUGGCAAUGGUGGGGGUGAUGUGAGCAGUGGCAGUCCUCGCCCUGAUGCUUCUGACAGUGCCACCCUCUCGGAGAAGCGAUGGCGUGCCAAGCAGGUGGUAUCUGUGGUCCAGGACGAUGAGGUGGAGCUGCCCUUUGAGGUGAGCCCUGAGCCACUCUCACCUGCAUCCCUGGACAGUGUCACUGAACUCCGUGGCAUGCUGGCCCAGGAUCUACGAGCCGACAGUCCCCCACCGGCCAGCCCCCUGCCCAAUGGAGCCCCCGCCCAAGAGAGUCCACAGCCUGUGACAGACUCUGAGGCCUCCUUGCCACCCAGCUCGCCCCUUCAGCAUCUGCCAUCUGGAAAGACCCCGGACCCUGAACCUCCCAAGCCCAGUGACCAGGAGACCGGGGAGCAGGUGUCCAGUUCCAGCAGCCGUCCCCCCAUCCACACCACCACUGAAAACAGUGCUGGGGUGCAGACUGAGUUUUAG